CAUCCGUCGGUGUCCCAACAUUCCAACAUGGCAAGUAGAAAGAGUAACAAAAAGCAAGAGAAGGGAGACAAAUAUUCUGUGUUGUUACCCACUUACAAUGAACGAGAAAAUCUACCUCUUAUCGUAUGGCUCUUGGUUAAAUACUUCGGCGACAGUGGGUACAACUACGAGAUAAUCGUCAUUGAUGAUGGAAGCCCUGAUGGAACACUACAAGUUGCUGAAGAGUUGCAGAAAAUCUAUGGCGAGGACAAGAUAUUACUCAGACCCAGAGCAAAAAAACUAGGAUUAGGCACAGCUUAUAUCCAUGGCAUCCAGCAUGCCACUGGCAAUUUUAUCUUCAUCAUGGAUGCUGAUCUCUCUCAUCAUCCUAAAUUCAUUCCAGAGUUCAUAGAAAAACAAAGAGAAGGUGGAUUUGACGUGGUCUCUGGCACAAGGUACAGUGGAAAUGGAGGUGUGUAUGGAUGGGAUUUGCGCAGGAAACUUAUCAGCCGGGGAGCAAACUUCGUCACACAGGUGCUCUUACGACCUGGAGCGUCAGAUUUGACAGGAAGCUUCAGGCUAUACAAAAAGGAGGUGUUGGAGAGCUUGAUAGAGCGAUGUGUGUCUAAGGGCUAUGUCUUUCAAAUGGAAAUGAUUGUGCGUGCUAGACAACUGGGAUACAGUAUUGGAGAGGUCCCCAUCUCAUUUGUGGACCGUGUUUAUGGGGAGUCCAAGCUGGGAGGAAAUGAAAUUGUCUCCUUCCUGAAAGGACUUCUGACCUUGUUUGCAACAACGUAAACUAAAUCAUUAAUCACAUAAACUGAGUCAUGAGACAAGCUUAAAUGGUAGCCUGUUUUGCGUAGAGUCAGUCCAUCAUAAUACUUUCAUAAUGAUGAAUUUAUAUUGUAUAUGGGAAGUGAAGAUAGUCAGUCAUAUUGGCAGUGGAUUUUUAUAUGUGCUCUUUAGAGAAAUGUUCUACUGUGAGAUGUCGAUUCAGUUGUGCCCAAGGCACUACAUCAAGCAAGGCAACUGAAUUUUCUGCAUACUGUUCAAAAAUUAAAGAUGGUCAAAAAAAACAAAAAACUGGCACGUCAAAUUUGAAUGUGCUGUUGCUCAUUGCAUAUAUUUAUUUUUUCACCUGUACUUCACUGCAGUUAUGAAAGCAACUGAUGGGUUGGUGUGACCAAAUGCUCGGCUAUCAUUGUAUGUCAUACUGUGAUAGUGCACUGAACAUUAUGUGACAGAAGCCAAGAGAUUUACUGUUUACUGUAGUAGUCACAUUUAGCAUAAAAUUAAACCUUUGACAUUAAUAAUGACAUCUAUGUAGGGUGUAAAGCGGUUUAUAUUGCUGGAGGUAUGGUUGGUCAAACCCAUGUUUGCUAUGAAAUUAUAAUGCACUAUGUGCUUACCAAGUGUGAUAUCAGGAUCAAUCUUUUUAUUGUCUUUUGAAUCUUUGCUCCAUUUUGUAAUAGAAAUGAUUGGAAUUAAUUAUUGAUGGAAAUCUUAAUCAUGAUUCUGACUUUUUUUAUUAUUAGGCAUAUUAAUAUCAUUCAGAUUAUACCUGUACAGGCAGUGUAAUCACAGCAGCUAGUUAAGAUCUAUUUUUGGACAUACCUGGAAUGAGCUUGUAGCAUUUGCCUUUCUUUGUGUUCAGUGCGAUUUAACAGGUGUAUAUGUAGUUGUCUUGAUCUUUAGUGAGGGGUAUAGCAUAAUUCUGUUGGAUGUUUCUCCAAAAUUGUAAUUGUUUUAAAAAAUAUAUUUCUAUGUUGCCUGUAAUGAGUUACAUUGUUACCAAAAUGAUCAUUGCUCUUCCAUAUUGUCCUGAUUGCUGUCUCUAUUAAAUAAAUAAAGUCAUAUUGAGUAGGUUA